AUGACGGUGAUGGGGACGGUGACUGUGACUGUGACUGUGAUAGGGACAGUGAUGGUGACUGUCACUGUGACAGUGACUGUGACAGUGAUAGGGACUGUGAAGGGGACAGGAAUGGGGACAGUGACUGAUGGUGACUGUGAUGAUGACAGUGACUGUGAUGGUGACAGUGGCUGUAAAGGGGACAGGGAAGGGGACAGUGACGGUGACAAUGACUGUGAAGGGGAUUAUGAAGGUGACAGUAAUGGUGACUGUUAUGGUGACAGUGACAGUGAUGGUGACUGUGACAGUGACAGUGAAUGGGACUGUGAUGGUGAUUGUGAUGGCAACAGUGACAGUGAGUGUGACGGUGACAGUGACAGUGAUGGUGUCUGUGACGGUGGCAGUGACAGUGAUGGUGAUUGUGAUGGUGACAGUGAAUGGGACUGUGAUGGUGACUGUGACGGUGACUGUGACAGUGACAGUGACUGUGAUGGUGACAGUGAUGGUGACAGCGACUGUGACGGAGACAGCAACAUUGAGCCCUGA